GUUAGGUCGUUUACAUGGUUUUACAUUUGCACAACGAGAUAAAGGUUGAUAAGAUAACCAUAUUAUGAAAACGGAGACAAUUUUAAUAGCGCAUUGCUGAUCUUGAGGAAUAGAAAGUAUUUGUGCAAAAAACAUUGUAUCCGAAGAAGAAAAGACAGGGUCGUAUGGGUGUUUAAUUUGUUUGUUAGACGGAUUUGUUAUAGUGUUCUCCGCUCAAUUUUCACAAGGAUAAUAACAAGAACAGAGCACGAUGGCCACCAAAGUUGAAACUGCGAUAGAGCGCAGCUGUGUCACUAUAGGGGAGGGGCCACACUGGGAUGAACGGACACAGACCUUGCUCUAUGUCGAUAUAAACGAUGGAUCCGUUCAUAGAUGGUCACCAGAAACGGGAAAAGAUGAAAAAUAUACGUUUGACACGUUUUGCUCCCUAGUCGUUCCGUGCAGAAAAGGAGGCUACUUAGUUUCCGUAGGGAAGUCGAUCUGCCAUUUUGACUGGGACACAAAGAAACUUACAACUCUACAAACAGUGGACGAAGGAAAAGACACAUAUCCGAUCAGGACUGUUUUACACUUUCCAGGUACAAUGGGCUUGGAGAAAACCCCGGGUGUAUCGGACAAACACCAAGGUUCUCUUUACAGCCUAGAACUGGAUGGUUCUUUGAAGACACGCAAAGAAGGGGUCAGGGUUUCUAACGGUCUUGCAUGGUCGGUCGACAACAAAACCAUGUAUUAUAUCGAUUCGAUUCCGAAAAAAGUGUUCGGCUAUGACUUCGACCUUGAAACUGGCACAAUGAGUUAGUAAACUGUCUAUUGCUAUAAUUUAUGCUUCAAAUUUUAUAUACAUGUAUGUGAAUUAAUCCUAACUUCUACUUGACACCGUGAUAUAAACUAU